UAUCGGCUAACUACUAGAAAUUUUCUAGUGACCCUUUAAUGGAGAAAGAGCCAUUACUUCCUAAUCUAAGAGAACCAAAACCACUACAACUAUCCUCAACACUUUCUUGUCCCUGCCCUCUUCCAGAGGCGGAAGAUGUGACCCAUCCCUUAACCCCAUCACAGCUCAAAGACCGAAUAAUCUUCGGUUCAUCAUCUCCUUCCACUGAACCAUCUUCAUUCCUCACCGAUGCCCUAAUCCUAAGCGUAAAUUCUCCUCGCCCAGUUGACACCAGGCAAGAACAGCAGUCAUCAUGGCUCACAGAUCCCAAUCACCAUCGGACCAAAAAGAAUCUUCAUCGCUGCAAGACAGCCCCUGCCAUGGCCACCAUCAACGAUGUCGACCACGCUUCAAUCCCAAAGCCCAAAUAUGCCUCCGUAUCAAUCGUUCGUCAGGCUUUCGUCCUUCUUGUAAUCUAUAUGUCGCUUGGGGUCCUAAUCUACUCCUUUAAUCGUAAGAAUUUCACGGCGACCGAAACCCAUCCAGUCGUUGAUGCCCUAUACUUUUGUGUCGUCACCAUGUGCACUAUUGGGUAUGGUGAUAUUACCCCAAACUCGACAUCGACGAAGCUGUUCUCGAUUAUGUUCGUUUUGGUUGGGUUUGGGUUCAUUGAUAUCUUGCUUACGGGCAUGGUGAGUUACGUGCUUGAUUUGCAGGAGAGUUUGCUUUUGAGUACAGUCAAGGGGACGGGAAAGCAUGAUGCGAGGUCUUAUUUGGUUGAUGUGAAGAAGGGAAGGAUGAGGAUUCGAAUGAAGGUAGCCUUGGCUUUGGGGGUUGUGAUUAUCUGCAUUGGCAUUGGUACUGGUGUCAUGCAUUUUGUGGAAGAGCUAGGGUUGUUGGAUUCGUUUUAUCUCUCGGUCAUGUCUGUUACUACGGUUGGGUAUGGUGAUCAGGCAUUUAAGUCUAUGCCUGGUCGUCUAUUUGCCUCAAUUUGGCUUCUGGUCUCUACGUUGGCUGUUGCUCGGGCCUUCCUUUAUCUGGCUGAGGCUCGAAUUGAUAAGCGGCACAGGAUGAUGGCAAAGUGGGUGCUCCGUCAGGAUAUGACUGUCUCUCAGUUUCUCGCUGCAGACAUGGACAACAAUGGUUUCGUGAGUAAAUCAGAGUAUGUUAUAUACAAGCUAAAGGAGAUGGGAAAGGUAGCAGAGAAAGACAUUCUACAGAUCUGCAACCAAUUUGAUAGACUGGACACUGGCAAUUGUGGGAAGAUUACACUUGCUGAUCUGAUGGAAGGUCAUCACUGAUUGAUCCCAGUGUGGGUUCCCUCCAAUGGAAAAAAUUGUGGCCCUAUUCAAAAAUGGCGACAUCAUUGAGUUCUUGGAGAGAAGAAGAGACUCCAUUUUGGUGGUGAAGCCAGGUCAAAGGUGGACUUUAUAUUGAUUGUACAUAUUGCAGCGAGAAAGGGGGUGGUGUCUACACCAUAUAAGUAAUUUGAAUAGUAGAAAUUAUAAAGGUUAAUGCAAUUAUGCUCAAUUUAAUUAAAAUUUUAAAUUAUUUGAUCAAA